AUGCAAACUGGUAGGGUGGAUCAGUUCAUUGUGAAUGGGAAAUUCAAGAUUAGCAGAAUGUAUAAGGCUCUUCAUACUGGUGGCAUUCAGGUACAAUGGAAAAGAAUAGUGUGUAAUAGCAAAGCCAGUCCUAAGGCUACCUUCAUCACUUGGUUGGCCCUACAGAAUAGGCUACCUACUAAAGAUAGGUUGUUAUCAUGGAACAUCAAUAUUGCUGGUGUUUGUGAAUUCUGUCAGGUGCAGGAUGAGAAGUUGUCUCAUCUGUUCUUUGAGCGUCACUAUUCUCAUUAUAUCUGGAAAGCAGUGUUGAUUCAGUUGGGUAUUCAAAGGAACAUCAGUAGCUGGCAAGAAGAGGUACAGUGGGCAGCUGUCAAAAGUAGAAGUACAAAGAAGAAGGAUCAGCAUUGCAGUGUAGCUUUUAUUGAAACUGUUUAUACAGUUUGGCUUCAGAGAAAUGCUAGUGUGUUUAGUAAGAAGCUUGAUCCUGUAGACAGUGUAGUUAGAAGGAUUCUCUUCAUUGUAGCUUAUAGGAAUCAGUAG